AUGACUGGUACACUGGAGUUUUCAAAGAAGAAAGGUACUGAAGAUGUAGUAUACAAGUAUGAUAUCAAUGAGACAAGAGAACAUGGAGUCGUGCUUAUUAUAAAUAACGUCUAUUUUACGGAGAAAGAUAAAGCUGAUCGUGAAUCAUCAAAUGAAGAUGCUAAAAGAUUAAAGAAAGUAUUUGAAGGCCUUCACUAUCAAGUGAUAGUUCAUGAAGACUUACUGGCUGAAGAAAUAAGAACAAACGUUAGUGCAAUUGCUGCUGGAGUAGUAACCAAGAAACACGAUAGUUUCAUAUGUUGCAUUCUGUCUCAUGGUAAUCCAGUAGGAAUUGAAGGAGUUGAUGGUAAAACUGUUACUGUUGCUGAAUUGGCUGAUAUUGUAAAUUCUAAGGAAUGUUCAGCACUUCAUGGAAAACCCAAAAUAUUUUUGUUUCAAGCAACAAGAGGAAGUAACAUACCAGAACCUGCAGUUGCUGAUGAAGAAGAGCAGAGGGUUUCUGCUAGUCUAAGAGCAUUACCACCAGAGGCUGAUUUCUUGUUUGGUUUUAGCACUUCUGAUGGUAAUGUUGCUGCAAGAGAUGUCUACACUGGUUCACAAUAUAUAAAAGCAUUGUGUGAAUAUUUUGAUCCCAAAUAUUCUUCAAGACUUAGUCUUGAUGAGCUCCUACUUCUUGUUAAUUACAAAGUAUCAGGGAAUCCUAUUGAUUAUAAUUUGCCGUACAAGUAUCAUCAAAUGCCCGAGAUCAGAAGCACAUUGAGGGGAAAAUUUUACUUUUUAAAGUAG